CGCAAAACUUGGGUGUAUCAAAAUCUUCCUCCACACUCGCCUUUACACACCUCUCAGCCAACUCAGCUCUGUACUCCCCAAAAUAGUUCCCCCUGCUUGUCAGAUCACGAUGUCUGAACCCAUCAGGAACAAGAAAGCGGACAUUCCGAUCGCACCGACACCUCAAAACACUCCAGCCAAUAACGCUCCUAUCUCUUCUCAUGCCCAGCAACCUGGAAUUGCCAGCAUCAAAGAAGAGUCCCUUGACCAUGCUACGGCCGCUUCUCUUUUCGCACGCAAUCCGGGUCUAGUCUCCAUGAUUCAAGGGAAACUGGGCUCUCUUGUCGGCCGCUCUUCGGGCUACAUCGAGUCCCUACCCGUAUCGGUUCGCCGGCGAGUUGCUGGACUGAAGGGUAUCCAGAAGGAGCAUGCCAAGCUGGAGGCUCAGUUCCAGGAAGAAGUGUUGGAACUCGAGAAGAAGUAUUUUGCGAAAUUCACUCCUCUUUACCAGAGACGUGCCACAAUAGUUAAUGGUGAGACUGAGCCCACUGACUCGGAGGUUGCAAAUGGCCGCGAAGAGGAGGAUGACGCCGAGGUCGAAGGCGAAGCUAGCAAAGAUGAAGCCGAUGAUUCAACAACAGCUGGAAUCCCUGAGUUCUGGCUAUCAGCUAUGAAGAAUCAAAUUUCCCUUGCGGACAUGAUCACUGAACGCGACGAAGAGGCCCUGAAGUAUCUUACCGACAUCCGGAUGGAGUAUCUUGACCGCCCUGGAUUCCGUCUUAUCUUCGAGUUUACCGAGAACCCCUUCUUCUCUAACCAAUCCAUCUCGAAAACCUAUUACUACAAGGAAGAGAACGGCUACGGAGGUGACUUCAUUUAUGAUCAUGCGGAAGGCACCAAGAUCGACUGGAAAGCGGACAAGGAUCUUACCGUACGGAUCGAGAGCAAGAAACAGAGAAACAAGAAUACCAAACAAACCCGCGUUGUCAAGAUAACUGUUCCCACGGAGUCUUUCUUCAAUUUCUUCUCACCCCCACAGCCCCCCUCCGAUGAUGAUGAUACUGUCGCCACUGAUAUCGAGGAGCGUCUCGAACUUGACUAUCAGCUUGGAGAAGAUAUCAAGGAAAAACUGAUUCCCAGAGCAAUUGAUUGGUUCACUGGGGAGGCUCUCCAAUUCGAGGAACUAGGUGACGACAUGGACGAGGAUGAAUUCGAUUUGGAGGAUGAUGAAGACGAUGAAGACGAAGACGAAGACGAUGACCGGGAAACUGACCGUGAUGUCGAUGAGGACUCAGAUGAAGAGGACGGUACUUCUAAGCCGAAGAAGGAGGCAGCAGAAUGCAAACAAAGCUGAGGGCGGUUUGAUUUGACACAGCCAUAAGAACUGUAUCUCAGUCGUGACCGGACUUAUAUGUGCUUGGUUGUCUCAACUGUUUCCUACACCCGUGCGCCUUUUGUUCGAUUUCUAAUAUUGCCUCAAAUUGUUUCUCCUAUCAGAUGCCUCCUACUCCUAAUCUCUUCUUAUGUUUAUGCACUAGCAAAGUUCUCAAAUACAAACAUCUUACUCAAAGUCUUAAAGUCUCACGGGUCUGCGCUGACGCAUGUAUUUCGGUAGCGAGUCUCUUAAUUAUCUUUUGCCGUUAAAUUAGGUUACUGGCCUCUGUUAGAUUCCCAGGAUGCUUGGGGCAAUUGGAGUUUAAUCUCAUUCCUGGUGUUAUCAA